AUGGCUACACUAGUUGCAUCGCAGACGAACGGGCUCAACGGCGUCAACGGUGUCAAUGGCCAUGACGAGGCCAAACCGAAGACAAAAUUCGCCUCGAAGAACCAGCUGCGUCGCGCAAAGCAGAAACAGAAGAAGGCUCAGGAAAAGCAGAAGAAAGAGUCGCCACCACUGAAGGUGGAGGAGGAUGAGCAGAAAGUGAAUGCUGCGUACGUACCUGAGCCAUUGGAUAUCAAAGACCCCAGCCUCGAAGCAUUCUCCAACGUAUUUGCCCGCUUCCAGCUUCCCCCUGACGAGAGCGAAGUGAACCCCUCCAAGGGCGAGGUCAUCUACUCCGACGACGACAUGGCCUCGGAAGGCGACUCGGACGAGGAAGGAGAGAAGAAGCCGCUGUCGAAGAAGAAGGCGCGGAAGAUGAAUAGGCUCACCGUGGCGGAGCUCAAGCAGCUCGUGAAAAAGCCGGAGGUGGUCGAGUGGUGGGACGUCAGCGCCUCCGACCCGCGGCUCCUUCUGCACCUCAAGAGCUAUCGCAACACUGUUCCCAUUCCCGCGCAUUGGAGUGCAAAGCGCGACUAUCUGCAAGGGAAGCGCGGUAUCGAGAAGCCCCCGUUCCAGCUUCCGUCGUACAUCGCCGACACUGGUAUUGCGACCAUGCGCGACGCGGUGAAGGAGAAGGAAGCAAAUAUGACGCUGAAGCAGAAGACGCGAGAGCGCGUGCAGCCUAAGAUGGGCAAGGUGGAUAUCGACUAUCAAAAGCUGCACGACGCGUUCUUCAAGUUCCAGACAAAGCCGCCUGUCACUGGUUUUGGUGAAAUGUACUAUGAAGGGAAAGAGUUUGAGACACAGCUCAAGCACAAAAAGCCCGGUGAUUUGUCGCCUGAACUCGUCGAGGCGCUAUCGAUUCCUCCACUGGCACCACCGCCAUGGCUUAUCAGCAUGCAACGAUUUGGACCUCCCCCAAGCUACCCUACAUUACGGAUACCUGGUCUCAAUGCACCCAUUCCUGAAGGCGCACAGUGGGGCUUUCAUCCAGGUGGAUGGGGUAAACCUCCUCUUGAUGAAUACAACAGACCGCUGUAUGGUGAUGUCUUCGGUGUCAUGCCGAAGAUCAGCGAUACGGACGUCGGCGAGCCCGUGGACAAGAACCUGUGGGGAGAACUGGAACCCGAGGAAGAGGAAGAAUCCGAGGAGGAGGAGAGCGAGGAGGAAGAGGAGGAGGAGGAAGCAGCCGAGCUGCCGUCUGCAGAAGGCAUGCAGACACCCUCUGGCAUGGAGACCCCUUCUGGUAUGACCAGUGUCGUCUCCACUGUCGCCGGGGGCCUCGAGACGCCCGACUUCUUGGAGCUGCGGAAGAACCAGAGAGCGCCGUCGGAGGCGGCGGAUUCGGGACCAAAGUCGCUGUACCAGGUCGUGCCAGAGAAGCAGACGGCGGUCAGGGGGCUUAUGGGGUCGGAGAGGGGGUACGAUAUCAGUGCUGUUGCCGGGGCUGGGGCGAACGUGCCUGUUCUUGGAGAGGAGAGAGGGACCAAGCGGAAAGCCAACGGCGUCGAUAUUUCACUGGAUGCCUCCGAGCUGGAGGGUCUCUCAGAGGACGAGCUCCGGAGGAGAUACGAGGCCCAAUCGAGAGGCAAUGCUGGUGUCCCGGGCUCGAAGGAAGAUUUCUCGGACAUGGUGGCAAAGGAGAUGGCAAAGAAGAAGCAGAAGAUGGACAGGGACCGCGAGAGGAAGGGCGGAAAGGAGUUCAAAUUUUGA